UAUAUUGAAGACAUCGUCACAAGCCAUAUCGUACCGCACAUCCAGCCUGCAAAUCCCCAAUUAAUCACCUGGACAAGGGCUGGCCCUAACAGGUCAUUGCUCGCGGCUUGAUCUGGGGCCAUAGAAGUCAAACCCGACAACCAUAUUGCUUACUCGAAUCGAUCUUUUAUGGUUCCAGCGUAAUAUAAAUAAUUAUAUCAGAUGCGGAAGAUGUCUGCGUCAGAUUCAGAUGACUCGGGAGAGCCGGGAUCAGAACACGAAGAGCCCCCCGGCGAAGAGGACAAAGAUAAAGAUAGAAAGAGGAAGUUCUGACAUGUCACCAGUUCUAACCGAACUAAAACCGGCUCACGAUGCUGGAAUGGUCUUCAAGUUCGUCUCUGAACAGCCCGAGGUGACUGGCUCUUUUCGCGUUGCAGAGUGCAGUACUAGUAUAGACCUUUUUACCAAGGCACGGAAGUUUUUCCAGAUUUUCAACAGAUACACCGAAGUCAUAUUGUCACGUCGGCUGGCUUCUCGUCAGGAACACGUUACUCUUUCAAGGACAGUGAGGACCAAUUCGAGCUGCUUCCCACUGAUGCCGACAAAUUAAAGAGCAGCAAUCAAAGAUAGACCGUUGAAACCAAGUGUGUUGCUUAACUAUAUUAUUAGACCUGUCUGGGUCCUUGAAGGAUGACCGGAGGCGGCAUUACUUGAUGAUCAAUGACCCGUAGAU